GAUCGAUAACAAACCAGACACGGUGGAAAUUCAUGAGCGCAAUAAUAGACAGCUCGCUGGCUUUUUUACAUGUAAUAAGCCAGAAUUAAAGCCAAGCCAACCAACACAACGUGGACCAUGGAAAGGAAAAGUUUACCUGUUAAGCGCUUCCUCAACAAGCCUCAGAUAGUCCGUGGCAUGGGCAGCGGUCUUCACACAGACAUGAAUUCCGGCCACUCCCGGCCUGGACGGUUGCUCCUGACCAAAGUGCAGCGCAGCAGGCACAAGUAUCCCCAUGACAUCAACCAUCAAAUCAGGGCCAAGCCUGACUUAAACACAACACUACCAGUUCGACAGACGGCAUCCAUCUUCAAGCAGCCAGUGACCAAGGUGACGAAUCACCCCAACAACAAGGUGAAGGCAGAUCCGCAGAAGGCUGUGGACCAACCAAAGCAGCUGUUCUGGGAGAGGAAGCUAAGUGGGUUAAGUGCAUUUGAUAUUGCAGAGGAGCUGGUGAAAACUAUGGAUCUUCCCAAAGGUUUACAGGGUGUUGGUCCUGCAUCUUCAGACAAAACGCUUCUGUCCGCCAUUGCCAGUGCCCUGCACACCAGCCCAGCACCUGUCACUGGACAGCUUACAGCUGCAGUGGAGAAAAAUCCUGGAGUUUGGCUCAACACAACACAGCCUCUCUGCAAGGCCUUUGUUGUGACUGAUGAUGAUAUCAGGAAGCAGGAGGAUCUGGUGCAGAAGGUGAGGCGGCGGCUCGAGGAAGCCCUUAUGGCCGAUAUGUUGGCUCAUAUAGAGGACACUGCUGCCGACGCAGCAGCCAACAAAGUGGAGGAGAAGGUUGAGCAGGGGGAGAAGGAAGAAUUAUAGCCAAGGCUCGAUCGACAUCAGUAUUGCUAGUUAACUCCUUUCAUACUGAAGACUUGUUUUAAUCGGCUUCAUAAGAUUUUUUCACACUUUUAUUUGAAAUUGACCAUAAACACAGACAUUCUGUAGAUUUUGAAAACCUAAACAAAAACUGUUUUCUUGACAUUGUGUUUUUUUUGUGUUGUUGUUAAACGUGACGGUUUAAUCCUGAAAAGGUGCUUUCAGUUUCAGUUCAAUUUUUUUUUUUUUUUUUACCUCUACUAAUAUAUGGCAGUUGUGUAUGGUGCUCUAUACAAUGCAGUGUUGUAUGUUCAAGCUCAAGUUAAAAACACAAACCUGAUGUAUGUGAAUGAGAAAUUAUGUAUGUGAGUGUGUGUGUGUCUGUUUUUAAUACCAGCUAAUGCUGAGAAGUGUGUUUUUUUGUUUUUUUUCUUCCUACUGUUUGACGAGAACAUGUUUCCUCUUUUAUCUCCCUCUCUGGCACUGCAGGUAGUGUUUUAUGCCCAGAAGCACAGAAAAGGUUGCAGUAUGUUUACAUGCACACAGUACUCUUGUGUCUGUGAAUAAUCAAACAAAGGUUUGAUUAAAGGUGUAACAGUUCAAAGUAGUGUUUUUAUUACAAAAACCUGAGUUUACAUGGUUUUGAAGUUUAGGUCAUGUUAUCUUUUUUUUAUUGACAAAAAAAAUUGUCAGUAUUGUUUUGCCAACUACAUUUGAUUGAAGACGUAACAGAAAAGGUUUAUACCCUCAGAAAAUAUAAAAACAUACAACGCUGAUGUACCUCACUACCUGAUGUACUGUACCUCAUUACAAGAUUCAUUAUUUGUCAAAUAAAUGCAGCUCUUUUUUCACUGGUGUUGUGUGUAGAGUUUUUGUCAUUACUGCUGUUAGAUUUAUUAUGUGAGAUGCAAACGGUAACCUUUUUUUCAAGUCUGUCUUAAAACACACAGAAUAGUCCAUUCUUGUUCAGCUGAAACUAAUACGAGGCUUCAGCAGUCAUUGUGUUAAAUCAAGUUGGCAUAUAUUCCAAAUUGACAGUCUUUUUCAUAUUAAAUUAUUUUCUUUGUCUUACUGUCCUUUAAAGCUGCAACAAUGUAUUGGUUG